AUGGCCGACGACCGGCGUGACAGCUCCGAGAAACCACCCUCGGCGCGGGAUGGUCAGAACUCGAGCACAAGUCCAACUCAAACACCGACCCAAUUGCAGAACCAGACUCAAGACGCCCGACCGCCGCCCAAGAAGCGCAGACGCGUGUGCGACCGAGACCUCCCAUGCGCCAACUGCAAGUCGCGCAACAAACAGGAUGCCUGCAAGUACGAAACGGGUGCGCCUACGGCGAAAGACAACCGCAAGCCGGACGGCGAAGGCGCAAGAUCGACACAUGUUCAGAGCCUCUCCAAUGCCGCCGCGAACUGGGGCUACUCGCAAGCUGGAGCUUCCACGCUCGGUCUGAUGAGGAAAAUCGAAAGCGCCAACGGCGAUGGCCAGUUGUCGCAUCUCGGCGGCGCGGCCCACGUCGAGGACCAGUUCGCGACCAAGGAACGAUACAAGUCGCUGAUCAGACAGCUGCCGGCGAAGGGGUACAUUGAAAAGCUCAUUGACGUAUACUUUCACGAGUUCAACCACCAGUAUUAUGCUCUCGAGGAGGAUCUCUUCAAGGACCAGUUUGCCGAGUGGUCCAACAUUCCCUUUAGCGUACUUUCCAACUCUGGACCACAGGCGCUCUCGCCUGACCUGCGAGUAUUUCCCGCGCUGCUAUUCCAAGUAUUGGCGACGGCCUUGUUGACCCUGCCGGAAGGAUCGCAAGACUUCUACGAUCAUCUCAAGUAUGCUGGGAACAUGACUUUCGAGGACCUUGCCGCGGACUACAGCGAAUCUGGCGUCGGCAUUUUGUCACUGCUUGGUAAGCGGCAAAUCACUCUCACAACAGUCCAGGCCGACUUUCUUCGAGCUGCGUUUCUCAAGUACAUGGCAAAGGUUACGGAAUCGUGGCAUGCCAUUGGCAGCGCCAUUCGAGAUGCUCAAGAGAUUGGCAUGCACCGGGAUAGCCUGGAUCCUUCCCCGGCCAGUGAUGACACUGGCGAUAUGCUCGAGAACAUGUGGCUGAUUCAGCGGAGGAGAAAGCUUUACAUGGUCCUCAUGACAUGGGACAUCCACUGUGCGCUUGUGCUUGGACGUCCUGGCAGCAUCGACUGGCGUAUACUCCCGCCCAGUCUGCCAAUAGACGCGCCUCCGCCAAAAGACCGCCGCAAGACGCCAAUUGCGCCAAGGGAUGACGAGAGAGACCCUCCAACCCCGUUGACUAAGAGCAUAUGGGCUUUCAAGCUCGUUGGCCCAAUGCGCGAGAUUCUCGAGCUUGAGCACGACGGUCCGUGUCCGAAAGACUACUCCAAGGUCGACCGGGUACACCAGAUAUGUAUGGAACUCGACGAGGCCACACCCGCAUACUUCCGCCUGGAGAAUCCGGACACGAAAUGGGAUGGUAACCCUUUGUGCUCCUCCUGGCUGCAGUCGGUGCGAUUUUACCUGCCGCAGAUGAAUCUCUUCAAUCUGAUGGCACUGCACCGACCCUACAUCUUUAACAGGCAGAAGAGUCGGACAGAGGCGCUCAAGGCCAGCAUUGAAAUGUUGCAUCGGCAGAUGCUCACAUUCCAAGGCCUUGACGCUGGAUCGUGGCGAAAUUUCUCGCUGUUCUUUGGUAGCUUUGACGCAGUGGUGCUCAUGGCGUCGAUUUAUAUCCUGUUUCCCAAGGAGAACCUGGAUAUGGCAGGCAGCGCCAUGCAACACUUCCACUGGACAACGGAGAGCAGUAGGAAACCCAGCGCCACCAGCGAGCCUGUCAAGCCUGGCAUCCCAGACAACCCCGGCAUCGACGGCAGACAACAGCAGUCUUUCAGGCCGCGGAUCGGUGUCAACAGCGACAGCGGCCACGGCAGAUACGCCAGUGAGCAAGAGCAGUACGGUGGCGACACCGACAUCACUGCCCAUAGCAUCAGACGCGGCAUCGGCGUAUCCUUUGCCGUCCUCUACCUCGGACUGGAACAUACCCAACACCUGGGACUUCACGUCGAUUGCGCCACUGUUCCCGAUGGGAGACCUCAUUUACCACGACCUAAACGGCAUACCGGAUGA